UUUGUAGUGGUUGACAGUGGUAGCUGCUAGCUUACAGGGCACCGCAGCUCCGGCGGGACAGCGAUGGCACUUAGGCGAUAUGUAUCUCAAAAAAAUCAAACGGAAGGCUGGACUGAGCCGCUAGUGAUGGAUAUGCAGUAGUUCCAGUGUUAUAUGCUGCUUUAAGGAGUCUCUGGACACCGCUUAUCAAGCUGAGGACAUAAAGCGUAACUUAGCAGGCUUGUUCUUCACGGGGGAGGAAGUUUGUUGCGGCGAAGGGAACAUAAUAGGAAACCGGGGAGGGACAAACUAUCUCGACAUGGAGGACUUCGGGUCGGCCCUGGAGAAAAAUGUGGCUGACCUCACGGUGAUGGACGUGUAUGACAUCGCCGCAGUGGUGGGGCAGGAGUUUGAGCGGAUCAUAGACCAGUAUGGCUGCGAGGCUCUGUCUAGGCUCAUGCCCAAAGUGGUGCGGGUCCUGGAGAUCCUGGAGGUGAUGGUGAGCCGCAGCAGCAUCAGCCCGGAGACCGAAGAGCUGAGGCUGGAGCUGGACAAGCUGCGUCUGGAGCGCAUAGACCGUCUGGAGAAGGAGAAGAAGCACAGAAAGGAGUUGGAGCUGGUGGAGGAUGUGUGGAGGGGAGAAGCUCAGGAUUUGCUCUCCCAGAUUGCUCAGCUGCAGGAAGAGAACAAAACCCUUCUCACCAAUAUGUCCAUGAAAGACCCCAUGAGCGAGGAGGAGCUGCAGAGGCAUGAGGGUAUGUCAGAAAGGGAGAGGCAGGUGAUGAAGAAGCUCAAAGAAGUGGUGGACAAGCAGAGAGAUGAGAUUCGAGCCAAGGACCGUGAACUGACUCUAAAAAACGAGGACAUAGAAGCACUCCAGCAGCAACAGUCUCGACUUAUGAAAAUCAACCAUGACCUGCGCCAUAAAAUCUCUGUGGUAGAAGCUCAAGGGAAAGCUCUCAUUGAACAGAAGGUUGAGCUGGAGGCCAGUGCUCAGGCUCGGGGACAGGAAGUUGCUGCUCUUCGACAGGAAGCGGCACGCUUAAGGGAACGGCUUCAAGGAGAGCUGCCUGCUCAGAACCCGGACGAGCCCCCACCUCAGCCUCCUUCACCCGCAGAGUGUGGUAAAAUUGCUACAGUGUUGGUGGGGGCUGAGGGCUCCUCAGAGCUGACACCCAGGGGGGUUGAUGGUGUAUCGUGGCCUCUGUGUGGUUCCCUCAGCCCAGAGACACAUGAGGAUGCUGAGGACGAUGCAGUGUUGCUUUGGGAGGCGCUGUGUGAGGAGGAGUCAGGGGGCCUGGAUCCAAAGGACCCCAACAGGCCCAGAUUCACCCUGCAGGAGCUGAGGGAUGUCCUGCAUGAGCGGAAUGAGCUAAAGGCCAAAGUGUUCCUGCUGCAGGAGGAGCUGGCCUACUAUAAAAGUGAUGAGGCAGACGAGGAGAUUGGAACUCCAUCUUCUUCUCCCUCCCCUGAACUAAGGACUCGCUCCCGCUCUUCUGCCCAGCCAGAAUCGGGAAUCAAACGCCUGUUUAGUUUCUUCUCACGUGACAAGCAGCGGAGCUCGCAGCGCAGUGCACAUUUCGAUGUCGGCUUCGGCUCGUGGGCAGGCAAAGACGACGUGUACACCGAACAAGCCCAGGAGGCGUUGCAGCACAUGUAGUCACCGUAUGGGACUUAAAACUCUUAACACUCCCAUCACUCAACUGCACACCAAACCAACACUAGCAACUCACACUGCAGCUGAAAUGCCAUGUACAUGAGGUGAGAAGAUGGCAAGAAACAAGAAGAAUCUAAUGUCCUUGGAAAAAAUACUGUGUAUACUUCAAAUUCUGCCAUUUAAAAAAAAAAAAAAAUCCCUGAAAGUGUUUUACAGGAUUGACGUGCAGGCGAGAGGGUAAACUCAGGUUGACUGUGGAAAGUGGAAUGUUUUGGCAGGUGGUAAAUGAUAAGGAGCCGGAGGUCCGGAGUAAACAAGGGGGGAAAUGACUGCACACCUGAGUGUCACUAGUUUUUUUUAAUGAGAGCAACAUUUUAAUAUCCCAUUUAGUUAUUUCAAAUUUCUGUCAAGUAGGCAGCUAAUCAGUCCAUCACCAGCGUUUUGCAAGUUGAGUAUGCAGCUCUAUGAAAUCUAAUUGAGGCCUCUGUUUAAAUGUUGCAUGCAGUCACAAUUUAAAGCUGUGUGAAGGUGUGAAGAUAUUUUGUUCUCAUAUUUAAUGCAGCAGUUUCUGUGACUAAAAAGAAUGAAUGCAUAAACACUUGGGUAUGAGAAUUUAAAGUACUCGUGUAAAGUGAAAGUUAGAUUUUGGCCAUCAUAAUCCCAAUUUGUCUUUGCAUUUUUACCCAUUCAUAAUAGUUUUUACUAUCCUAUUACAGGAUGGUUUAAGCAUUUUAGCAUUUCAUGACAUCUCCUAUAAUGUUGGCUACAUGUUGUAUGUAGCCAAAAUAAGCAACAUUGUGGCUUUAAUGUUGAAUUAGUGAGUCAUUAAUUCACAUAUUUGUACUUUUUAAGUCAAUGUUUUCAAUAUUCCAUCAUUUCAUGGUAAUAUAAAAGCUUUGACGUGGUGAAUUAGUUCAUUAUAAAACUUUUCCAGUUUUAUUUAAGUCAACUACUACUGAUGAAUUAUUUUACAUUUUUUACUCACUCAUCAUGGUUUAGUAUAAAUUUAACACCUGACUUAAUAAUUUCUUGCUUUUAUGAUCUGAAAACCGUAAAUGAAUGUAAUGCAUUUGACUAAACAAAUUAAAUUGUAAGAUUUAGCAAGCCCGUUUUAUUUAUUAGAUCUUUAUAAUACUAGUGAUCUUUUUAUAGAUUAAAAGUUGUAAAUCAUAGCUUGAGCUUUUCGUUCAUUGCUGCAAUUUUUUUAUUUUCUUUUAGUCAAAUUCUAAUUCUAAUUUAUUAACUUAAUAAUGAUGUAUUGUCUCAUAAUUUUGACAUAGUAAGGUCUUCACCCACUAUAGUUUUGACUUAGUAUCUCUUUAUUUUGUUCGAGAAAUUUGAAUAUAUUUAUGUUUGUGAUGCUUUUUUCUUUUUAUGUGCCCCUUUUCUCUAACAAUUAACACAGAUUUCUCUUUUGUGAAACACAGAAUAGCUGUGCCAUGGGAAUUCCUCUAAUAUUUUACAUACAAACUUACAUUUGUCAUAAAGUCUGAUUUCAUGCUUUCAGUGACAAACGUGACGCUCCACAUUGUGCUCAUGCAAACCUGCAGUUUUCUAACACCAGCCAAACCAUAGCAGGCAAUAAUAAAUUACAUCUAUAUGAUUCUGUUUAAUUUCUAUAAUCAAACAUAGACCCGAAGAGCCAGUGUAAUAUUGUAUUUGAAUCACUUAUAACAAAAACAUACAGCAGCUUUCACUUCAAAUAAAAGCAAAAUAAAUUAAAAUGUAUUUUAAUUAAUACAUAUUGUGCCAUCAGUAAGAGCCUAAAUCUUACAUUACAUUUGCACUUUUUCCCUAGAUAAAAUAUUCAUAUUCAGCAUAAGCAACAAUAAUAACCCCGAAUAUCAUCACACAUCAUGUGCAAAAUAGAAGUCAGUGCGUUUGUGUUUAUAUGCAUCAUUUAUACAAGGCCUCAAAUUUAAACAUGAAUCAAGGCUCUGUUUAGAAACAGUGUAAGUCAUGAAGGAUUAAUUAUUUCUCAAAUUGUGCAUGGUUUAAAAUAAUGGUAAUUAAGCUGAAGAGUGUGUUUACAUUUAUUUUUUAAAAAGACUAUUUUGCGGAUGGUGCUUGUGCUUUAACAGCUGAUGCCUUCAUGGAAACGUUAACAGUAGUGGCACUUUAUCUUCAUUUAUACUCACCCAGGAAGGUGGAAUAAAUGAAUGGCAAAUGAAAAGAUUGAGAAAUGAGGCUAAAGACGUGUGUCAAAGCAGCUUUCCCCCUUUUAUGAAAUCACAGAUAUGUUAAAGAGAAACUAUAUUUUACAUGUUAUUUGGAAGUCAAAGGGAUCUGCUCAAUUUAUUCAUGAAGGAAUUCAACAGUGAAAUAUUUUAAAGGAAAUGAACUCCUACCCGAGUGCUCACUCCAAUCUUCAUUUUUUUCCUUUGAGUCUCCUAUGAAGCCCAUUAAAGUGGAGAUUUAAGAGAUAUAUUGAAUGGAUCAGUGCUUUAUGAAAUUCAAACAUGUCACAUCAGUAAUAAAAAUCUGUAAUAUUUGACAUUUUUACACGUGUUUUUUUUUUUUUGUUGUUGUUGUUGCUGCUUUUCCUAACUUGCAUAACAAAUCGCAGUCACGUUCAAGUGUUUGAUUUGUUCAUAAUUGUAAAAGGAAAUGGGCAAGGGAACAUACAUUUGUAAACAAAGAACAUCCAGUGCAGUGUGGUAAAAUAACUGGUGUGGGGGAAAAGUUUAACUACAUUAAUUUUCCUCUGUCUCAAUUUAAACAUAAGGCACAAAGCAGUGUAUUUGGUUGAAAUUCCAUUGUACAGAAUAUAUCACCUUUUGCACUUGUGUAACAAUUUAGAAAUCAGGUCUAUAUGAAGAAGACUAAAUAUGAAAUAUAACAGACAGCACAGCAGUAGUCGUCCAAUUCACCAAAAAAAGGAUGAUUUUAUUUAUUUAUUUAUUUAAGAUGCUGGGUUAGUGUGGAAAGUUGUGACAAGAAGAAAUAUGAUUUAUCUCAAUUAGAUGAUGAUAGCAUGGUGGUACAGGGGUUAAUACCGUCGCCUCACAGUGAGAAAGUCCUGGUCUCGUUUUGAUUCCAACCUGGGGUUUUGCUGUGUGGAAUUUGUGAUUCUAAAUUGACCUUGGCAACCUGUCCAGGGUGUACUAUAACUCUCGCCCUGUGACACCUGAGAUAGGAUCCAGCCCCAACCCUAAACUGGAUAGGUGGAAUAAAAUGGACAGAUGGCGUGGUGCAGAGUGCCCUCUGGUGAACAAACUAUACAACAUCAACCCUCAUGGUAGAAAAGAGUUCUUCCCAUCUU